AUGGCAGAUAUACCGAGUGAUAUAUCUCAACGUAAGUAUACAUGCAAUAAAAUAUAUUUUACAAAAUAUUAAUAUAUUAUAAUUUGAUAUUAUUAUUAUAACAUGUAAUAACACGUAGUAUAACAUGUACUUUAAUUAAAUGCAACUAUUUUUUAUGUCUGUAAUUCACAAAUGAGGUUACAUUAUAUUGUGUUUUUAAUUUCAACAUCUUCAAUGUUCAAAAUAUUAUAAAUUAUAUAAAUUUAAAAAGUAAAUAACAUCUAUAAGUAAUUAUUUGCUAAAUUAUUAUAAUAAUUAUUAUAAUUAUAAUAAUCUUCACAGAAAUUAAAUGUAAUAAUUGUGUAUAUCUAAGAUUAGAUAAAACGUUGUGUGUUGUAAAACAAUUUGUUGUAAAACAAAUAAUAAUACCUAAGGAUAAAUAAUAAUAUUUUUAUAGAUUGUCCUGGUACUGCAAGUAAAGAUGCAGGAAAGGCAUCUAUAUGUACAAAUUGUCCAAAUCAAAUGAUAUGUGCAUCUGGUAUUAGUCGACAACCGGAUCUUACUGCAGAUCUUAUUAAAAGAAAGCUUUCUACAGUUAAAAAUAAAUUAUUGGUACUAUCUGGUAAAGGUGGAGUUGGUAAAAGUACUAUAACAUCAUUAAUAUCCAGAUCCUUGGCAUCAAGUAAUCCUGAUAUAAAUGUUGCAGUAUUAGAUAUUGAUAUUUGUGGACCAUCUCAACCAAGAGUAUUAGGUGUAAUAGGAGAACAAGUUCAUCAAAGCGGAUCAGGAUGGUCUCCAGUGGAAUGAUUAAACAAUUUUUGUCAGAAGUAGAUUGGGGGGCAUUGGAUUACCUUAUUUUGGAUACCCCUCCUGGUACAUCAGAUGAGCAUUUAUCAGCAACUUCAUAUCUUAAACAUGCUGGUAUUACAGGAGUAAUAAUAAUAACAACUCCACAACAGGUUGCUUUAUUAGAUGUGAGAAAAGAAAUUGAUUUUUGCAGAAAAGUAAAUAUACCAAUUUUAGGUGUUAUUGAAAAUAUGAGUAUCUUUGUGUGUCCUAACUGUAAUAAUUCUGUAGAAGUAUUCCCAGCAUUGACAGGUGGUGGUUGUGCAAUGGCUAAAGAAUUGAACGUAGAAUUUUUGGGUUCUCUACCAUUGGAUCCACUUUUGGCUAAAUGUUGUGACGAGGGAAAAAACUUUUUGACAGAAAUUCCAGAAUCACCAACUAUUUUGACAUUACAGACAAUUGUUCAAAGUAAGUGUUCUCAAAUGCAAAUGAAAUACUAUGUAUUUAUAUAAUUAAUUAAAUAUUUUAAAUAAUUUUGUAAUCUAUUUCAGAAAUCGUUGAUCGAUGCGAAAAAAUAAAACACUAUUCUGAGAUUGAUACAACUUAA